AUGUAUAUUGUCCGAAGAAGGGAUUCAGUUGCCUGGCAGAGAAUAAAGAAAUUGUGUGCCUGUUUUGCCCAAGAAACAGAAAAGCAAGUCAUAAUGAAUGUUUUUGCUGACGUCAUAACUGAGGUUGGAAAUUUAGAUCUACCGAACUUGCUGCUUUGUCUAGAGUUCCCUUUCAAGCAGAAUAACAGAAUCGCCGUGAAUAAAAGACUGAGACCAAAUCGCCUUCGAACGAAACAUGACUCGGCCCUUUGCUACAAAUCACUAGCUUAUUCUUUCCGCGACACGAAGGGUGAAUUCAUCAGCGUCCCGCCGUGUCAUCAACAAGUGCGAUAUUUGGAAAGCCGAAGUGAACUGCUGCAGGAGAUGUUGCUAGGAUACGAGUAUGAAGUCACGAAACCGGAAGCAGAAGUCAGCGAAAGCAACGGCGGAAGAGAACAAAGAAGCGGGGGAGUGAUAGACGAAGAAAUUAAGAUAGAACAAAGGCACAUCGCCAUCAACUUCGCCGGCCCCUGCUUCGGCAUCCUGUUCUCGGGGUUCCUGCUCGACCUGGGGACGUCCUCGACCAACGUGGCCUGGAUCUUCAACCUGAGGUCGUUCAUCGUGAAUAUCUCGGCCCUGUUCCUCGACCCCCUGGUGGCCGAGUGGGGCUGGAGGAAGGUCGGCUUCGUCUCGAGUCUCCUGCUGUCCCUCGGCUUCGCUGUCUCGAGCUUCGCCAACUCGGCCUUGUAUCUGCUCUGCUCGUACUCCAUCCUUACAGGCAUUGGCAGCGGCUGGAUGAUGGGCACAAUCUUCUCAAUGAUUCCAUACUACUUCAAACGCAGACUGGGCAUCGCGAAUGCCCUCAUGCACGGAGGCAUCUGCGUGGGGCAGAUGGCGGGGCCUCCAAUGAUCACUUAUUUACAAGAACAAUAUGGCUUUUCCGGAAGCACGCUCAUCAUGGCAGCCAUCUUGUUAAACGGCUGCGUCGGGGCAGCCGUCCUGCACCCUGUGGAGUGGCACAUGAAGACCCGAAACAAGGGAAAUGCUUACAAACGGAAGACGAAGAAGAUAGAAAUGGGCACUGACGCCAAGACUCGGCCGUGCGCCACCGUCUCUCGCGUUUUCACCACGAUCUUCACCAACCUAAAGCUCCUAAGAUCUCCCCGCGUGCUUAUCAUCACCGUGGCCUCUGCGCUGAACAUGACGUCGUACCUGAACUUCCUGAUGUUCGCGCCCUUUGCCCUCCAGACGUCCGGGCUCAGCCUGGAGGAGACGUCGUGGUGCAUGUCCGUAUCCGGGUUCUGCAUGCUGGUGGCGCGUCUGGUCGUGUCCUCGCUGACGGACUUGCCCUGGCUCAGUAAACGUGGCUGCUACAUGGCCGGCACCGCCACUGUCUUCGUAACUACUGUUGCGUUCACCUUCGUGAGCGGUCUAACUUGGGCGUCGGUCGUGAUCGGCGUGUGGGCGGCCGGCGUGGGCGCCUUCAUGAGCUUGCAUAACCUCAUCAUGGUGGAGUAUGUAGGCCUAGACAAACUCGUGCCGACGCUGGGUAUUUGCGGGAUCUUCAGCGGCUUGGCGUCAGUUAUCAUCGGACCCGUAGUCGGCGUGAUCCGCGACGUGAGCCAGAGCUACGCCGUGAGCAUGUGGGCGCUGUCGGGCUGCUUCGCCGUCGCCCUCCUGCUGUGGCUCCUCAUGCCCGCCGCCGUGAUAACUCCGAACCCUAGCGAGAUGCACGGAGCUCAAGACGCGGUGGGCAGCACGCGACGACCUGUGGCCAGUUCCUCGCCUCUCUUGACAACAGACGCAGACUUGACGGGGUUCAUAAUCUUCACAGUAAUAAAAGCAAAUAUGACCUCCACUUUACAAGAGAGACCGAGGAGACAGAGCGAGAGUUCAUCCAAAGACAGCUCUGCUUGUUCCGACCCUCUCCUCGGCUCCAACGGCACUCCAGUCAUCCAAUUAAACUGCGCAGAGACAGCGAGAGAAAGGGGAAAAGCACACGAAAGUAACGAGCAAGGAGACGAAGAUAUGAAAGGACAAAGGAAAGAUGGAGAUGAAGAUUUCCCUGACGGAGGCUGGGGUUGGGUCGUGACGCUUGGCUGUUGCAUCAUCGCGGCCCUCGUGAACACGGUGGGCCCCUGCUUCGGCAUCCUCUUCUCCCGCUUCCUGGAGGACCUCGGCACGUCCUCCGCCAAGGUCGCCUGGAUCUACAACGCCAGGGCCUUCACCCUGUGCAUCACGCAGCUCCUCCUGGGGCCUCUGGUGCUCGAACUGGGCUGGAGGAGGGUGGCCUUCUUCGCCGGAUUCCUCGUCGCCUUCGGGCUGGGCGCCUCCGCCUUCGCCGUCUCCGCCGUGUAUUUGCUCUUCUCGUAUUCCUUGAUGACAGGUAUUGGCAGCGGCCUGGAAGUAGGCCUCAUGUUCACCAUCAUCCCGCACUACUUCAAGAGGAAAAGGGGCAUCGCGAACGCCCUCAUGAACCUGGGGAUCAGCACGGGGCAGAUGGCCGGCCCGCUUCUCAUCAGCUACUUACAAGGCCUCUACGGUUUCUGCGGAAGCACCCUCAUCUUGUCGGCCAUUGUGCUCAACUGUUGCGUCGGCGCCUCGGUCUUCCACCCCGUGGAAUGGCACACGAGGAGCAAAGGAAGCGGGAGGAAGUGCGAAGCGGAGCGCGCGCUCAUUCCCGAGAAGGAAGCUGGGGCGCUUGAGGCGACGGCGCGCUUCUUCUGCAACGUCUUCCAAAACCUCAAGUUACUCAGAUCCCCGAGGGUGCUCAUCAUCGCUCUUGGCUCCUCCCUCAACACCACAGGGUUCCUCAACUUCCUCAUGAUGGCGCCGUUUGCCCUGCAGGCCGCAGGACACAGCCUGGAGGAGUCCUCGUGGUGCAUGUCUGUGUUCGGGCUGUGCAACAUGGUCGCGCGACUCCUGGUGUCCUCGCUGACCGACUGGCCCAAGUUCAGCAAACGCGGCUGUUACAUGGCCGGCACAGCGAUAGCAUUUGUCUCCGUUAUCACUUUCAGCUUUCUACGAGAUCUCACGUGGUCGAAAGUGGUGAUGGGCCUUUGGGGCUGUGGCGUGGGCAGCUUCAUGGGUAUCCACAGCUUAAUAAUGGUUGAGUACGUUGGCCUUGAGAAACUUGUGUCCACGCUGGGGGUCUGCGGCAUCAUGAAUGGCCUCUGCUUCAUCCUCAUCGGACCCCUGAUUGGCGUGACCCGCGACGUGAGCCGGAGCUACGCCGUGAGCAUGUGGGCGCUGUCGGGCUGCUUCGCGAUCAGCUUCUGCCUGUGGGCGCUGAUGCCCGCCGCCGUGGCCUACGACCGGAAGAGGGAGGAGAGGCAGCGGAAGUCGCCGGCGUAGCGGGCGAAAAAAGGUGCUCCUUCAGGUUACUCCAGGUGGAUCAGGUGAACAGAUCGGCUGCGUAGCAAGAAUUUCCACGCCAAGUGACUGUAGGUGGAACAAGUGGACAGCUCAUCAGGGGACUGCAGGUGGAACAGGUGAAUUGGUCAUGGCAUUCAAGUUAACUGAGCGGUCAGAUGCACACCUACGCGUGUUUUAAAGGAGUGAAUACACUAACCUCAAUAUGGCACAGAAUGCGGUCACUUCUUGGCUGUUAGGUUCCCUCGCCUCUUCUGGAGGUUCAGCAGCUUAUCCUUUUUAAUGCUCUUUCUAUUGAUGUAAGGUUUAUAUACGGAGAUAUAUUUUCCCAUGAAUAAAAAGGUUAUAUGUU